UCGCCGCCAUGCUCCGGGCUCCCGUUUAAGGCUGACCGAGGUGCGUGAGCUCCGCUGCCUGGGUCAGUGGGAAGAGUGCAGUCGAGAUCGGAAGCCGCGCCAUGGUGAGCAGAAGGCUGCUGUCCUUAGACCGGGAAGAGAGGCGGGCUGAGCCCCCGGAACCCGUCUGGUAGAGCCUCCUUGUGGCUGGAGCGGGAGCGGUGUUCUGGGGCCCAACUCUGGUCAGCUCCGCCCCUCCGACCGCGUUUGCGCAGAGCUCAGAGCAAGGUGGCGGGAGGCUCCGCCCCUCUCGCUUUUGCUGGUGACGUCACUUCGGUGCGGGACCUUGGGUAAUGGACUCAGUGACCUUUGAGGAUGUGGCUGUGAGCUUCACCCAGGAAGAGUGGACUUUGUUGGAUCCUCCUCAGAAGAAGCUGUACGUUAGUGUGAUGCUGGAAACCUGCAGUAACCUUGCUUCUGUGGGAAUCAAAUCAGAAUACCAGACCAUUGAAGACCUGUAUAAACAACCUGGGAAAAAUAUAAGGAACAUCAUAACGUGCUCCGAAUAUACACCAUACGAUCUUGAGGACCAUGGGAAGAAGCAAUAUCCCUCCAGCUCUCUCACAACUAUUCACAUAUACAUGCGAACCCCCCCUGUGAGCAGAACCGAUGGAUGUGAGCUCUGUGCAAAACCCGUUGGUGUCCCACGUUCUUGUGACACUCAUAAGCAAAUUCAAAGUGGAGAGCAGCCCCAUGAGGACAGUAUAUGUGAAACAGCCUUCAUUUGUCCCAGCUCAUUUUGCAUCCGUGGAGGACCUCCCACUGAAGAAAACUCUUCUGAAUGUAAACCAUGUGGUCCAACUCCGGGUUCGCUCAAUUACCUGCCACUUCCCAGUGGAACUCAUAAUGAAGAAAAGCAUUUUGACUGUGCACAGCGUGUCAAAGCUUUCGGAUAUCACGGUUCCCUUCAAAGACAUGAAAGAAUUUGUGCUGGGGAAAAACCCCAUGAAUGCAAGCAGUGUGGUAAGUCCUUCAUUUAUCCCUACUUACUUAAGAUGCAUGAAAGGUAUCACACUGGAGAGAAGCCUCAUCAGUGUAAGGCAUGUGGUAAGGCCUUUCUGUGUUCCUCUUUCCUGCAAAGACAUAAAAGAACUCAUACGGGAGAGAAACCCUAUAAAUGUAAGCAGUGCGCUAAGCCCUUCAGACGUCUCAGUAAUCUACAAGUCCACGAAAGGACUCAUACUGGAGAAAAACCCUACGAAUGUAAACAGUGUGGAAAAGCUCUGAGAAGCCACAGUUCCCUUCAGAGACAUAAGAUACUCCAUGCUGGGAAGAAACCCUAUGAAUGUAAACUGUGUGGUAAGUCCUUCAUUUACCCCUAUUUACUUCAAACCCACGAAAGAUCUCACACCGGAGAGAAACCCUACACAUGCAGCCUCUGCAGUAAAGCCUUCCGUUGCUCCUCUUUCCUGCAAAGACAUGAAAGGACUCACACCGGGGGAAAACCCUAUGCGUGUAAGCAGUGUGGUAAAGCUUUCAAAGGUCGCAGUUCCCUUCGAUUGCAUGCCAGGUCUCACAGUGGGGAGAAACCCCAUAAGUGUAAUAUAUGUAGUAAGGCCUUCCUGUGCCCCUCUUUCCUCCGAAGACAUGAAAGAACUCACACUAGGGAAAAGCCCUAUAAAUGCAGAAAGUGCAACAAGACCUUCCGAGGUCAGAGUUCCCUUCAGUUGCAUGAACGAGCUCACACCGGGGAGAAACCCUAUAAAUGUGAGAUCUGUAGUAAAACCUUCCUGUGUUCCUCUUUGCUCCAAAGACACGGCCGGAUUCACUGUGAGGAAAGGCCCUAUGCAUGUAAACAAUCUGGUCAGGACUCUAAAGACACGAGCUCCUUUCAGAGACAGAAAGUUUCUCAGGCUGGGGAAAAACCUUACGAAUGUAAACAGUGUGGUAAGUCCUUCAUUUACCCAUGCUUACUCCAAGUUCACCUCAGAACCCACACCGGGGAGAAGCCCUAUGAGUGUCAGCAGUGUGACAAAGCCUUCAGAAGUCUCAGUUACCUUCGUAUACAUGAAGGAAGUCACACUGAAGAGAAGCCUUAUGAAUGUAAAGAGUGUGGUAAAACCCUCAGCUGUUCCAGCGCCCUGCAGUUACAUAAACGGACACACACUGGAGAGAAGCCCUAUGCGUGUCAGCAGUGUGGGAAAGCCUUCAGGGGUUUCAGUUACCUUCGAGUCCACCAAAGAACCCACACCGAAGACAAACCCUAUGAGUGUAGGCAGUGUGGGAAAAUUCUCAGUUGCUCAAGUUCCCUUCAGCUGCACGAAAGGACCCACACCGGGGAGAAACCUUACGAGUGCAAACAGUGCGGGAAAGCCUUCAGGGGUCUCAGUCGUCUUCGAGUGCACGAGAUAAUUCACACUGGGGAAAAACCCCACGAGUGUAAACUGUGCGGUAAAGCUUUCAAGUAUCAUAGUUUACUUCAAGUCCACGAAAGGACCCACAUUGGCGAAAAGCCGUAUGCUUGUAAGCAAUGCAGUAAAGCCUUCAAAAGCCUCAGUAACCUUCGAAUACAUGAAAAGACCCACAGUGGCUUCUAUGAGUGUAAACAGUGUGGCAAAACCCUCAGUUCUUCCAACUCCCUCCAAGUACACGAGAGAGUCCACAGCGGAGAAAACUCGUACGAGUGCAAGCAGUGCGGCAAAACCUUCCGCCGGCCCAGCAAUCUUCAGGUACACGAGAAAACUCACGCCGAGGGAAAGCCCUAUGAGUGUAAGCAGUGUGGUAAGUCCUUCAUUUAUCGGUAUUUACUUGAAAAGCAUGAGAAGUCUCACUCUGCGGAGAAGCCCUACAAAUGCGCGAUCUGCAGUAAGGCCUUCGUUUGCCCUUCUUUCCUCCAACGACAUGAAAGGAUUCAUAGUGCCGCGAGACCCCACGAGUGUGUGCAGUGUGGUAAAGCAUUCAAAGGCCUCAGUUCCCUUCAGUUACACGAGAGAGCCCACGCUAGAGAAAAGCACUAUGACUGUACGCAGUGCGGUAAAACCUUCCGAUGUCACAGUCUCCUCCGGGCGCACGAAAGAACCCAUACGGGUGAAAAGCCGUAUGAGUGCGCGGAGUGUGGCAAAACCUUCAAAAGCGCUGGUUACCUUCGCAUACACGAAAAAACCCACAGUGGCUUCUAUGAGUGUAAGCAGUGCGGCAAGAUCCUCAGCUGUUCGAGUUCCCUUCAGCUACAUGAAAGAACCCACACUGGAGAGAAACCCUACGAGUGUAAGCAAUGCGGUAAGGCCUUCAGAGGUCAAAGUUCCCUUAGAAGACACGAAAGGAUCCAUGCCGGAGAGAAACCCUACGAAUGUAAACAGUGUGGUAAGUCCUUCAUUUAUCCGUGCUACCUUCAAAUGCACGAGAGAUCCCACACCGGAGAGAAACUCUACAAAUGUAACAUGUGCAGUAAAGCCUUUCUUUAUCCCUGUUUCCUUCAAAUGCACGAAAGAACUCACACGGGCGAAAAGCCUUAUAAAUGUAAGCAGUGCGAGAAAGCCUUCCGAAGUCACAGUUCCCUUCAAAUGCACGAGAAAACCCACACAGGAGAAAAACCCUACGAAUGUAAACAGUGUGGUAAGGUUUUGAUAAGUCAUAGUUCUCUUCAGAGGCAUAAAAUAGCUCAUGCUGGGGGAAGACGUUGUGAAUGUAAACAGUGUGGUAAGUCCUUCCCUUAUCCGUAUUUACUUCAAAUUCACGAACGAUCUCACACUGGAGAGAAGCCCUAUGAGUGCAAAGACUGUAGGAAAGCCUUUACGUGUUCCCGUUCCCUUCAGAGACAUGGAAAGACACACACCUGAGGGGAAAAUCUCAGUAAAUGCAAGCGAAUGUGCAAGAACGUUUAGGGUUUCUAGUUCUCUUAAAUGUAUAGAAGUGCUGGGAAAAGAGCUAACGAGUAUAGAACAAACGGGGAAGCUUUUGUUGUUCUUGUUGUUGUUGUCGCUGCUGCUGCUGCUGCUGCUGCUGCUGCUGUUUGUUAUGGUAAGUUUGGAAGGGUUCACUGGAAGCAAAAAACAAACCCAUGUAUCUAAGAGAUGUGCUAAGACCUUCAGUUCCAUUUGAAGAUAUGAAACUACCUAGUGGGAAAACCCAGAAUAGAAUAUGAUAUUUCAUUUCUUAGGUCUACUCAAACACAUAAGCCAACGAGGGUAGUCCUAUAGAAAGAGAUAUGGGAUUUGAAACUGCUGCCUUUUGGGAAGUAAAGCUUGUAUCUUAAUGACACUAAAAAAAAAAAAAAAAAAAUCCUGCGAUAACUCCAAUUAGAAGAUCCUACCAAUGUACGUGUGUUGAAAUGUCGAAGCGAAUCAUGUUACAAUGUACGUGAACGAGGAGCUAUGCGGUUUAUGAAUGUAUGGUGUUUUCCAGGGAUUGGCAUUUGAAGACAUUGCCAGCUGCACCUGGUAGAUCAGGCUUAGGUACUCGGGUUUUGCUGCAACUGAUAGCAAGUUCAGGGCCAGCCCAUACAACGCAAUAAAAAUUGGAAAAAAAAAAAAAUAAAGCAACGCAUUCAUUUAGCUCUGGUCUUCCCGGUUUAAUUUCUAGUCCUAGCUUCAGGAGAAAUGAGAAGGUUUCUCAUUGGUGAAUACCCAUCUCUUUGACAGGAAAACACUGAGGUGAAAGUGUUCUGAGUGUAGACGUGAGCAGUAGUGGCUGGUGCAGAUUGCCAGACAAUUUCCUAAUUACCAUCUAUGCACCACACAGUGUAGCCCACCAGUCGCUUAUGCUCCAUGGUAUGAAAGACCCUGCUAGUCUUUGCAAUGUUGCUUCAUUGUAUAUUUUAGGCCUGGUACCAACAAAUAUGUAUCAAACAAAAGAUUUGGCAAAAAAGUAACUGCUCUACCUAUGAAGCUACUUAUAACGACUAGAGUCUUCCAGACUGGAUUUUGUUCAAUCAGAGAUUUAGGUGAAUAUCAAUAAACUCCUAGGACACAUUAAUCUACCAUAAAAUAUCAACACUCUAGACUUAAUUUCCAGUAUAUUGCUGUUUUCCCCAAUAAUAAAUUGACUUAAAGCUUCUUACAGCGUGUACAGUUUUAUUAUUUUUGAUUUCUGCGAAAACACUGCUUAAAAUGUAACCAUUUUGCUAUUGUUUAAAACUAUUUCUUUGUAUGCUUAUUCUAUAAUUUUUGCAUUGUAGAUUUUUUUUUAAAUUGUCUGUGAAAACAGCUCUCCCUUAGAAUAGAGGCAGGAGGUUGGUGUCCGUGGCGUUCAGAUUUAUAUGUGCACUGAUUCUCGUGUGCUUCCCACGUCACUCCCCCAUGUUGCAUCCUGUGAUUAACUGCACCUUACUUUGUUCUGAUCAUACAGCCUGGGCACUGCAUGCGAUAUUAUGCCACACAGUGCCUAUUAGCAGCUCCCGAGGCACCAGCUCACACACAAGGCUUGCCGAAUGUUGCCAACCGAAGUACUUUUACUAAAUAUAGUGAUUUCAUUGUGGGAAACAGACCUCUUUGUUUUCCCAGUGCCAUGCCUCAGCACGUAGGUACUAAAUUAAUUUAUCUCUGUAUUGUACUGUAUAGUAUAGUUUAACUUUAGAAGUUGUCCGAGUUACUGACUUGUACUUUAUUGGAAAAAAAAAGUCAUUCAAUGAUUAUCGGGUUUCAAUAAAGAAAAAAAAAUAUUUCAACAACUUACAAAAUGGUCCUAACUGUAUUUCUGCUGACUGUUCUAUGUGAUGUUCUCUGUAUUUGCCAAGUAUAAAACCAAAGUAUUGGCUCUGAAAAACAUCAUUGAGUCUCUGUGUGCUGCAUUAUCAAAUACUCAGCUGAGAUUUACUCUUUUAUGUAAAAAAUAAGUAUGCCCAUCUUAUUAAUAUACAGACUUAACCUUCAUAAUAAAUGAUAAAAUUGUCUAGUCACCAAA